AUGGAGAGGUCACCGACUCCACCACAAGAAGAACAAAAACCGAAGGUUUCAGAGCCGCCGCCGAAGAAAGCCAUUUUCUAUAUUCACCACCCAAGCCAUUUCCUUCAACAACUUCUCAGGUCUCUGUUGAAGUGUCUAGGGUUACAUGAGAUCUCAGUCCAUAACAACGACGAUCCAAGGAGCCUCAAUGCUCUCUCAUGCGGUGCAGAUUACUCCGGUGGAUGCAACAAUCAUGCAGCAGCAAGUAAACAAGACGACGUCGUUCCUUCUUCCCCUCCACAACCAGCUCCAGAUCCAAGUGCUACAACAACAGACCAGCUACUAGCAAGGCGUCAUUCUGGAAGGCCAGGGCCAACUCCAGGACCAGGUCCUCAAACUAAUUAGCUGGAUUUCACUAAACCAACAAACGUUAGAGAUACUGAUUACUAGAUCUGCGUUUUAGAGAUACUUUAAAUUGUCUACAAAGAGCUACGUUCUCCCUUACCAUUCUUACACAGUCAGCAGGCCUCUCCCCUACAACCUCCUCUCCUUUUAGAUCUCUUGCCACCUUCAAGCCCUCAGCCACCCCCCAACAUUCAGCUUCAAAGGCCGUACACCAAUCCAAUGCAUCUCUACAAAUUCCAUUCUUAGUAAAAUGAAUCCUAUGAACAAGAAAGAGAACAAAAAGAGAAAAAACAACACAGAUGACACAGAAAAACUUGCAGGAGAUGAAGUUUCAAGACAUUAUAAUAUUGAACUCGUCGAAGAGAUGACAAUAUUGAACAAUUAAUUAAUCUUAAUCUUAAUUAACCUUAUUAUAGUAUAAUAUCUCAGUUUCUGAAGUGGUUAUCAUUAAUUUAAAUAUAUUAUAAACAGAAGAGUCGGUAAUAAGAAGACAAAAUGAGAACGUCCAUGAGUUAAAUGCUCGUCACAUCUGACAUGUUCAUUGAAGUAGAUAACCUUGCUUUUCAUGUAUCUUAUCUAUUUAUUUGUUUCUGUGUAAGCUACAUUUGUUCAUGUCUAUCUAUUUUGCUCCUUUACUUCUA